UGAGAGGAAAUGUGAGCUCGUAGUGAGCUGUCUACCUAGACUAGCCUACAUAGUAGGCGUGUGGGCGCAUUCCGAGCCUUUCUAACUUCGCGAGGGGCUGGAGUAAAGGAGGCGGUGAACAAACAAUGAGAAAGGAGCUGAAGUGAGAGAUGUGAUUGUGAAGCUGAAUGUUUCCAGGUUUCUGCUGUGGCUCUUCCCUUCUGGCGCGUGUCGUGUAUCGUCAGAACAGAGUUUCGCUCAGACACAUCAGGAAGUUAAACACUAAUCAGCGAACAGCCCGUUAGUUCAGAACCGUUAAGAGUUGUUCAGUCGGUGUCAGUACAUGGAUACUCUCCGGACGGUCUUAGAGCUCAGGAGUUCUUCUGUGGUGCUGUUUGAGGAGAUCUGCUGCUAAUUAAGCUGUGAUGAUAACACCACUGGACCUUCACUGACGUGCUUUAGCUGCUGUUCGAAGAAACCCCUUCCUCUCAAGUGCUGGCAUACAGGUUCUGCAGAAUGUGUCACGUCAUAGUCACAUGCCGUUCUAUGUUAUGGACCUUGAUGAGCAUUGUGGUGGCAUUUGCUGAGCUGGUGGCAUUUAUGAGCGCCGAAUGGCUGGUGGGGUAUCCAGAUGGUUCUGAGUUCAACUUCACCAUCACGGCUUCACACCACAGUGACCAGCGCACCCUGGGUAUUUACAACCGCUGCAUCAAGGUGGCACAGCAGAAGGUGGUCCAGUGUGGGGCCUACGCCACAGACUUCAUGGAAAUAGCCAGUGGCUUCUGGCAAGCCACUGUUAUAUUUCUAGUCAUCGGAAUCUUUCUUCUGUCCCUAGUGGCCAUCCUUUCGGUUUUCAGCAUGUGCUUCCAGAGUAUCUUGAAGAAGAGCAUAUUCAAUGUGUGUGGCCUGCUUCAGGGAAUAGCAGGUCUAUUCCUCAUCCUCGGUCUGAUGCUCUAUCCUGCAGGCUGGGGCUCUAAGAAGGUGGUUGACUACUGUGGUCCUGAUGCUUCCCCAUAUAAAGUGGGCCUGUGUUCUCUGGGCUGGGCUUUCUACACAGCCAUAGGAGGCACUGUUCUCACUUUCAUCUGUGCUAUGUUUUCGGCCCAGGCUGAAAUCGCCACCUCCAGCGAUAAGGUGCAGGAUGAGAUUGAAGAGGGACGGAGUCUCAUUUGUGUGCUGUGAGAUGUGAACACAAACCACUCAGAUGAAAAAGAAUCAUUUGUGUCCCAUGUUUACUGAUUGAAAUGACUAUUGCAUAAAUGAGAAUGUAUUUCAGACCUGUAGGUCUACUGAUUAAGGAAUUUACAAAUGUAUUUGCUUGUGCUUUUUUAAUCACAUCUCAUCUUAUCUUAUCGCUGCAUCGCCAUUGCAAAGUAUACGCAUAACAGAUUAUUUUUAUUAAAAAACCUUUUGAUACUAACAAAUGCAUUAACAUUGUGUUUAUAAGCAAAUGCAUUUUUAUCAGUAUUUUGAUUUGUGUGUUACUAAAUUUAGUAACUUCUUACUAAUGGAUGAAACUAUAAGCAGUUGUUUAUGGAAUGGUAUGCUGAAUUUAGAAUAGGUUACUCUUAACUGCCCUGUGAUAGACCUAGUCUCCUUAAACUGUCAAAUAAAAAGUGAUUAUUGAAUCAGAAGGUGUUUGAGGCACUUUCUGUCUCUAUCACAGUGUGCGUUCACUGCAAACAGUCCAUAUAUGGGAAGCUGAUUGCAUGAUAUGGCGAACUUUCAACUGUAACUUUGUGAGUAACUUUUUUGUUGAGUGCAGAUAUUUUUCAUCUGUCAACAAUAUCUGGCACUGCCAAUUGGACUAAAGAGGACAAAUAAAGUGCCUGUUGUAAUACCGACA